AUGUCUUUUUUGUGGAAGGCAAUUGGUCUAUCAGACUCCGUGCCGGGAUUCCCAUACACUGCACGUGAUAAUAAUAAUAAUAACAACAACAACACUAAUGCUGCUGUUUCUUCUAUUACAGCCACAACCUCAACACUCACAUGGACCAUGCGUCCAGGUGUAAGUGAUGAUAAUGGUCGACCUGUCACUAUAUUCUCCAUCAAUUUAGCAAAGGCGGAUGAGAGUAUAAAGGAGAUGGCACGAAAUGCAAUGAAACGUGCAAAGAGUUUAUUAUUACCAGGUCUUCUUCGGUGUAGCGGUGCGGUGGAAUAUCAAGAAACUAUCUACAUCGCUACAGAACCAUGUGAACCACUUAGUACGGUACUCCAACAACACUCCCAUUCAAAGUUAUCUGCUUAUACCACUACCAAUAAGAAAGGUAGUAGUGAUGGUGUUGAAGAGAAUGAAGAUGAGGAAGAAGAUGAUAAUGAUGCUUUUUUGGAAAGUGUUGCUUUAGGACUUAAAACUGUUGGAACUGCACUCGUUGCCCUACACCAUAAUAACUUUAUUCAUGGGAAUGUGGCUUGUGAAUCAGUUUAUGUUCUUCCCAGUGGUGAGUGGCGAUUGUUUGGAUUAGAAUUGGUUAGUGUAUUUGGAGAGGCCCAUAGUAUGUAUGAUCGAUAUGCUGCCCGGCUGCCUGAAUAUAGACGUCCACCGGAGACUCUACACACAUAUGGAGGAAAUCAACAAGAACAACAACAACGAGUGGGAGAUACAGAUGCGUGGGGAUUGGCUUGUCUUAUCUAUGAUGUACUUGGCCGUCCAGAGAAUAUGCCAGCCAAUUCAUGUACGGCUAAUGAUAUGCGUGGAUGUCGUAGUCUACCACGUACUUUACAAAGUGGAUUUGUUGGACUUUGUACGGCUAAUCCAAAAAUGAGACAUGAUGUGGAUCGUUUCUUACGUAAUAGUACAUUUAUAGUAGGAAGUGAGUUUGUAAAGUGUAUGCAGGCAUUAGAUGAAUUAUCUUUAAAAGAUAAUGUAGAACGAGAACGUUUUUUUGAUCAUCUCAGCAGUGUGGUGGAUACCUUUCCCAAGAAGGCGUGUAUGCGAUUGGUACUUCCUAAACUACAAGCAUCCUUUAAUUUUGGGGCUUUACCUGCUGUGAUUGAUCCUGUUCUUCGCAUUGCCGCUCGUUUGGCUAAUUCUCCAGAAGAGUACGCCACAUAUGUGGCUCCUGUUCUUGUCAGUCUCUUUGCUUCUCAAGAUCGAAUGGUACGAUAUCGUUUACUGCAGCGGGCCCCAGAGUAUGCCUCUUUAUUACCAGCCAAUGUUGUUAAUGAUCAGAUUUGGCCUUUGCUUGUUUCUGGUUUUAGUAGUCCAGUUCCUGGUAUUCGGGAAUAUACUAUUCGGGCACUCGUGUCAUUUGCUAAAAAUCUACAGGAAAAAAUUCUCUUAAAUGAUGUACCCAAGUAUGUGGGACAACUCCAACAAGAUCAAGAAGGUGCAAUCCGCACAAAUGCCACGAUUGGUCUUUGUUUAAUGGCCGACAUGAUACCAGCGGAGCAGCGAUCUAAAAUUCUCAUUCACGGCUUUGGUCGAAUGUUGCGAGAUCCUUUUGUGCCCAGUCGCGUUGGGGCUCUUCGUUCAUUUCAAUCAACUCUUAAAUAUCUCACACCUCAACAUAUUGCGGAAUUGAUGUUGCCUGGUGUAGGUCCACUGACUGUGGAUUCUGUAGGUGAAGUCCGACAGGCGGCAUUAUUGGCUUUACGUGGGGCCAUUGAACGAUUAGAGGUGUUUAAUAGUGAAGAGAGUGUGAAAGAGGCAAAGACAUCUAUGGCGAAUUCUGGGGUUAAUGGAGCUACCGAUACCACACCUGACAAAAACAAUAGUAAUAAUAAUGAAAAUAAAACGGCUUCUUCUUCUUCAUUCUGGGGAUGGCGUUGGGGUGCGGGAGGAAAUACAAGUGAAAAUAAAUCCGAUACCACUCCUGUAGGAGGAACAACCAUUGCUUUUGGUACUAAUACUACUACUACUACUAAUGCUACUAGUACAACAACAACAGCCACUUCUUCUUUUGCUACUGGUGCUAGUGUUCAUACUGGGAGUAAUGUGAAGAAUCUCUCUGUACCCAUCUUCACUAAUACGACUACCACAAAGACCACCAUGUCAAGUCCAACAGUUACAUCAGAACUUGAGGAUAACAGUAAAGAUAAAAACAAUAGCCAUUUUGAUGAUGAUGAUGAUGAUGAUCCGUGGGGAAAUGAUGUGGAUUUUGCUCCUGUGAAAACACGAACACCAGCAACAACUACUGCUACUAGUAUGCGCUCUGCAGAGAGAACUCUCACUCGUCAUGUUGACACCAAUUCCACGAUGGAACCCGCGUCUGGCAGUCGCGCAAUGAAACUCCGCAAGAAGGGCCUCGGAGCCUCUCGACUGUCGUAG